CGAAUCAAACAAACAUAACCUCGAAUGCUGUGAGUGGUGGCCUUUGUUUUGAAAACAUUGUCUACUUAGUAAAUUGAAAGUAUUCAGUAAUGGAUGACGAAGCGGAAACUUAUAAACUAUGGAGGAUUCGAAAAACUGUUAUGCAGCUCUGUCACGACAGAGGUUACUUAGUAACCCAAGACGAAUUGGAUCAAACUUUGGACCAGUUCAAGAACCAAUUUGGUGACAAACCCAGCGAAAAGCGUCCGUCAAGAUCAGAUUUGAUCGUACUUGUCGCCCACAAUGAUGAUCCGACCGACCAGAUGUUCGUGUUUUUCCCUGACGAACCGAAAAUUGGCAUUAAGACAAUUAAAACGUAUUGUCAGCGUAUGCAGGAUGAAAACAUUCACCGGGCCAUCAUUGUGGUACAAGCGGGUAUGACGCCAUCGGCCAAACAGUCUCUGGUGGACAUGGCGCCCAAAUAUAUUCUAGAACAGUUUCUGGAAUCUGAGUUGCUGAUCAAUAUUACUGAACACGAGUUGGUUCCUGAGCAUGUGGUUAUGACACCGGAGGAAAAAGCAGAACUUUUGGCCAGAUACAAAUUGAAGGAAAAUAUGUUAAUGAGAAUUCAAGCCGGUGAUCCCGUUGCCAGGUAUUUUGGAUUAAAAAGAGGACAAGUGGUGAAAAUUAUCCGACCGUCAGAAACUGCAGGACGUUACAUUUCUUACAGGCUGGUAUGCUAGAAGCACCUGUGUUGUUGCUUAUGAUAUAAAUUACAUAAUUAGAUUUUUUUUUAUUUUUUUUUAAUAAAAUUAUUUGUCAAA